CAGACGAAACGCUCGUUCCGUACGAGUGCCGCCCAGGGCCGCGCACUCGGCGCCAACCCGCGACAGUCGACCUCCUCCAACGUCGACUUCCAGUGUCCGGAAGAGUUCGGAUACUAUCCACAUCCGAGCGAUUGCUCCCAGUACUACGUGUGCGUGUUCGGCGGAGCUCUGCUGGAGAGCUGUACCGGUGGACUGAUGUACAGCCACGAGCUGCAGACCUGCGAUUGGCCGAGAAACGUAGGAUGUGAGCUGUCCUCCCUGAGCUCGCCAUCGGCACCCGCACCAAGCCGCACCGUCACGCCACGAGUACCUCAGGUGUUGAGUCGUGUGCGAUUCUCUUCGUCGGCUCCAUCGGCUCCAAGUGGCCCCUCGGGACCAUCGGGACCUUCGGGUCCAUCGGGUCCAUCGGGACCAGCCGAACCAUCCGCUCCGGCACGCAUCCAGCAGAUCCACUCGCACCCACCACCACCGCCGCCCCCGGCCAAACCGAAUCCGGUCAUUACCACCCGUGGACAACCGAAGAAUUCACCCCAGGAAGAUAUUGCUAAGCUGUACGCAGAAGCUCAUGAAACACUCCCACCGGUGGAGGAAGAGGAGUCGGACCGCCAACAGCGUGUUUACCGCGGACAGCCGAGCACGGUGUCCCAAGUGCAGCGCGAUCGUGACGGUAUUUUGCAGCAGCAGAGUGUCAACGCCAUACCGACGCAGGCUAAAGUAGGUUCCUUUGCGUACAGUGCUCAACCUCAGCCGUUCAGUUCGGACGAUGACGCGUCGCUUCAAACGCUAGACGACAAACGCUCCACUGACGCAAAGGACCACGAUCGUAGGAAACGAGACACCACUGCCCAAGUACACCCCGAUACCGACACCGGGAAAGAAUCCUCCAAGUCCACCCACGACUCCUCGGUAGACGCUAGUGACGCAGGUACUGACGCUAGUAAGCAGACGGUUAAACGAUCAAACGCUGAGGAGGGUACGGUUCAGGGACUUCUGGCACCAGAGGACUCACCUGAUUCCGCCGUCGGAGAAAACCAGCGAACUGCCCGUCAACUUCGACCCGUUGGCAACUGGCAGCUACGCUCACUGGACACAUCCCUAUCGCGCCAGAACAACUACUCACCGGCCAGCUACGAUCCGUUCGGGUAUACGGUCGGUCCGACGGCUUCGACGUACUUCAAACCAGGUGCUCGGUACUUCCAGCCGCAGACGUACAGCAAGAAGGAACUGACACAGACCUACAACGACUACCUAGAGGCGUAUAGUAAGAGUAAACAACCGACCUAUAACCUGCGGCCAUCGGUUGAGUUGCAGCCACACAAGACUUCCGGUUUGCAGAACUAUAAGACCAUCGCCAAGAUUACGCCCCAGGAUACGAUCAUCCCGCUACUGUUGCAGCAACAGGGACAGGGUCGGCCGCAUCAGUCCAACUACAACCCGACCCAGUUCACGGCGGCCGCGUUCGUUAACAGUCACAACAAUAAAAAGUACACAACGCCAUCAUCGCCUCUCGAUGGAGACGAGGAGACGAUUCCGGACAACUUUGCGUUCUUCCACUUCGGUAAUGCGUACUCGUCCACUCCUAUCUCGGUGAAUAACAAUCACAACUCUGGUGCCGGGAAGCAGGUGAUCAAACAGUCCAACAAGCCAUCCAGCAGCGGACAGCACACAAACGUUGCCCAGCCGACGCAGAAGACACCCUACAUUGCGUUCAGUUCGGUUGGAGGUUUCUUCAACAAUCAACCCACGGCGAACCCACUGAAGGAAAGCUUCGUCCUGAAGCCGAAUCAUUCGAAACCGAAGCCAAUACAGCUCAGUACACCGGCACCGGUGUACGAGGGUAUCUCCAACACGAUCCAAUCGAGCGGCCUAAGGUUUGCCGUCACCGCCACGCCAAAGAUCGUACCCGGAACGGGACUGGAAUUGUUUCAGCCAAACAAUGUGUACCUAAACCCACCUCAGAGGCCACAGGUCUACAGUGGGUAUGGCAGCGGUGUCAGCAAGCAACCGGCUGGUGCCAUCUACGAGGCGUCAACACCGAAACCCAGCUCGGCACAGUUUGUCACCAAAUCGACCAACGGUUUCCAACCGAUCGCCGUCUCUACCACACCCAAGUACUACCAACCACAACAAAGUCAAACGGUGGGUCCCAGUGAGUAUAGUAAGUUCUAUGACUCCAUCAAGAGUACCCACAUUGCGCAGGUAAACGCUGGUAAGCCGGCUAGCGCCGAACUGACUCCCAUUCGCAUUGGAACGGGGCAGGUGAUCUACCGUCCGGUUGCGAACAACACCAAGCUUCAACCGGUGUCCCAAGGAUACGGUCAGCAGCUAUUCUACAACCCCGUGGCACCUUCCCCGGUUAGCUCGAUUGUUCAGAAGCCUCGUGACUCUGGGGAGUUCUACUACGAGGAACCGGAUAGUAUCGAUCAGCGUGGGCAGAAGUACGUGAAGAACUCGCUAGAUGACCAAAGACGCCCGGUAUACGGAAAGCGUCCGUACGGAGACGUGGAAGAGGAUGAAGAUGAAUACUACGAUGAUGAUGAGGAUGAGGAUGACGAUGACGAUGAGUUCCGGUAUAGGUACCCGGUUAACAAGUCCAAGUACACACCGAUGACGGAAACAAUGGCACCGAGGCCCAUGCAGAACCUUACCACGCCGAAACCACCAGGUUCGGUAUCAGGCAAUCUGUAUUACAACUAUGACACGACCACCUGGCGGCCCGUUACGGUGACUACUUAUUCUCCAACAUCGACGUCUGAUAUUCCACCGAUCAUAAAGUUCCCUGAGGAUGUAUUCCAAGGCAUUCGUCCCCUCGGAGAUACCCCGAGGUACCUCAACAAAUCGACCCUUAGACCGUACACCGUCCGGCAGCGCGUUCGACCAACCGUUGUACAGCAUAACCACAUCGAAGAUAGUGGCCCUAGUGAUCGUGGCCGUACGACUACAACUGCCACCACCACUACCGUCCGGACUCCUACAACGACGACGACCCCGCGCUACUACCCGACGACAGUGCGGUCACGCACCACGACCAAGACCCCGACCCCAGUAACCACCUUCACCCGCAGACCCACUGUUACGACGACCACCACUACCACUCAGACGACCUCGCGCAAGCGCUACACGAUCCGACCGAAUCGUGGACAGCAGCGCUGGCGCACCACUCCGGAGACUCCGGAAGCGACAUCGAAUGGCCGACAUGCCAGCCCGACCCGACCGACCAAAACGAGACAGCGGGCAGAACUCGAUGAACGCCUACCGAACAGAGUUGAAACGUCAUCGCCGGCACCGAGCCGCUACAUCCCGGAGCAGCAGCAACAGCAGAAAACACAGCUUACGCAGAGCAACAGGAACUAUUACAACACCAGCAACUACGAACCAUCUGCGUACGAUAACUACUAUGCCGUCUAUGACGAGGAUGUCGAAUUGUACCGAGAUGAAUAUCAACCCCAGCAGCAGCAGCCCCAGAAACCGGUCGUGUCGUCGACCUAUCGCCCGACAGUCGUCACCACCGUUGCUCCCACUUCUCAGCGGGAUCCGUACGUCACUUCUCCGAGAACUACCUACCAGCGACCCUCCUACCAGGCAGACUAUGACGAUGCUCUAGUGGCUCAGCUUGAAGAAGAUCGUUACAAUCAGAAGCAAACCAAUACACAAAUCAGAAACGAGUUGAACUCGAUAUCGGACCGUCCGAUACUGGUAUCGUCCACGAUUCGCGCCUAUAACAGUCCCAAGUAUCAGACGGCUUUCGUCACGACCCCCGAACCCUUCUCUCUGCCGUCGUCAACAACAGCCAGAUCCACUACAACAACAACCACCACCACCACAACUACUACCACUACAACACCAGCUCCGAUACAGUACUAUACUACAAGAUUAUCGCAAUUGGACGAUCAAAGUAUUAAAACAACACCCAAAUCAAUCAUAUUAACACUCGCAGCACGCGCGGGUUCCUCAUCGACCCCCGAGCCCCUGUCUCCCUUCCUAGUGUCCUUUGCGCCAUCCUCCCAAUCCCCCUAUGAGUCACGGUUCCGCAGUAGCACUACCUCGGUUCCACGAUACAUCAAACCAUCAACAUCCACUACCACAACCACUACCACCACCAGCACACCUCCCACUACUACUACUACUACUACAACCACACCACGCACAACCACAACCGCGACGACCACGACCACCAACACCUUGCCUACAACCACAACCACUACUAGGAGGCCUACAACACCUACAACUACCAGUACUACUACCACUACCAUUAAGAGGCCUACCACAACCCCUACGACUACUUCUACUACUACCACCACAACUACUACUACCACUACCCCGGCCACAACGACGUCGACGACGACUACGCAGAAACCCUCGACUACUUUCGAGAUUCAGCGUCAAAAGUUCGUCCUUUCCGACGUGCAACCGUCCAGCUUUCGGACCUCGUUUAGCACCACGGCCAAAGCACCACAACCGCUGCCCGACUACGACAGCUAUCUGUAUCACGAGACGAUACCGAGCAGCGUACGAUCGCGCAAUCAGCACACUUUCUUGAAGGCCAUUGCAACCACUCUUUCGGCGACACAGUCUUCCACGAUCGCUACCACUACACCGGAACCACCCCAGGUGUUUUCGUACAGUGGACCCACAGUGACACCACCACCGUCUGCGGUUCACAUACGUCCGGAACAAUUCGGACCGAACAAGUCCAUCCGACUGACAUUGGGUUCUCAGCUACGAAACGAACCACGGCCUGUGCCGACGUUCACUUCCAGCACGGACUCGCCGAGGGUCGAGAUCCGUCCGGAACAGUUUGGCAAUAACAGAACGUACACGUUAACGUUGGGAGCUGGUUUUGGUUCUGGGACCAGGCUACCCUCGAGUGUGUCUUCCCGUGGACGCACCGAGGUGGAGGAGAGUUCUCCCAAUUACGCUACCUUCUUGCUUACGGAUGCCGUUACGAGCAGUCCGACGCGUAUUACGUCCAAAGUCCGUCCAUCGCCUUUGAGCGAGACAACGACUACGACGUCCACAACACCACCGACAACUACGACAUCAGCUGCGAUCUACGACACUUCAUUGCUACCUAAUGGGCCUAGUAAUAUACGUUUCGUUUUAAGUUCUAGCGUAAGUACAACCCCACGAUCCCGCUAUAUGCCGGGACGGGUUGAGAGUAUUGCUCUUUAUAAGAGCCGUAGUACAGAAGUGCCGACGACGGUCACGCAACUUCGUGGAGGACCUAGUGUCGAACCUACCGCGUCGAGCGAUUGGGUACCUUUGAUUGAGGAGAAGAAAAUUCUUUCCAGUCCUAAAACUAAUACCCUGCAGGAACAGGUCGAAGAAGAGGUGUCGGAACGCGAGCGUGAGCAGGAUGAUCAUCUGCUUAGGUCCCGGCCUCAGUUAGCACUGGAGGAAACAACGGAGGUUAGCGAGAUUACAACCGUUGGGACACCUCCUACGCGCUUCCCACCCAGAACUACCUUGGCCCCUUUCGGCAAUCUGGAAGGAAGAAGGAACACUGAAAAAGUACAAAGUUUCACUUCGCGUGGGCAAAUUUUUAAAGAGGUGCUUAAUAAAACUCUCGAUCCCGUGGGUAAUCCAACCACUCGGUUGGUCGUGUCACCGUACAAAAGUCUUGAGGUGCAACGUCAAACGACAUCCUCUGACAAACCGUUUGCCUCGACAUCGAGAGUCAUCUCGAACCUCUACCGUACGACUACGCCGGAAAGUUUGGCCGGUCCUACGGUGAAGAGUUUCAUCCAGUUGACGGCUGUUCCGAAACUGGCCGCCAUUGUGCGAGAUACGACUACGACAACUUCUAGGGCAACAACACCUACCACUACUAGUACCACAACUACAACCACAACAACGAUAGCCCCAAGUACUACCGCAAGUACAACCGAAGAGCCAAGUACAACUACGACUAGUGCUCCAAGUUCUAGCACGAUUACGACAACUUCUUACGUGAGUAGUUCCGAGGAGAUCACGGCAACACCGGCCCCUAGAUCCACCGAAGUCUACCGCGGUCGAUAUCGUCCAGUGUUCAGUUUUGUGCGAUCAUCCGAGUCAUACGACGAGGCGACUACGCCACGCUAUCGGUACCGAGGUCGGGGAUCACCUAGACGAACAUACAACCGAUUGCGACCGACUCCUCAGAGCCUCAGGCUGUCUUCGAGCACGGUCUCUGAUGUAACCGUUGAUACAACAGUUUUAUCGAUAUCCUCCGACUACAAAGAUCGUGAGGUUCCAUCAACAUCGAUCACUUCGAGCACAAGUGCAGCAUACUUGAAUCGAAUUCCUACUAGCUCCGAUCGGACAAAGUUUGAACCCUCCGUAGGGAGUCUGGUCAAAACGGCGCACCUGAAGCUUGCCAGCCGUUUCGAGCAGGAAGAGUUCAAUCGAACCGAGGUGAUAGAGGACGGUGAUCGUCUUCGUACGAUCAUCACGACCGGUAAACCGGGUCGCGUGAUACAAAUCACCGACAAACCGGUCUACUAUACGCGGUUUCAUGCGACCUCCACUGAAGAAGGUUCUUUUGCUGUCACCAACAGCAACAGCCUCAGCAGCCAGGGAGUUCAGGCACUCGUUCCCGAGUCGACGACGAAAAAGUUCCGCGCCACGGUAGAAAUGCCAGAAAUGAACAUACCGACCGAGAAGGAGCUUCUCUCGUACCAUCAAGACAGUGGCAAUACUUCCGACGAGGAAAGUGAAGACGAGGAUACGGACGACGAGGAUGACGAGCCUGUGGAUGAAGAUCUGGCCGACUACUCGUACCUGGAGACGUCAAGCGCAGCACCGACGACGACUUCUAGUACAACCACUCUCCGGAGCACCUUCAAGCCGAUGGCACGUGCCUCGAAGCGCUAUACAACGCCGCACUACGUGUCGUACUCUACGACAGAGCGCAGCUUCCAGUCGCAUGUGCCAUCGCGCUUCUAUCCCAGUACAACGCAAGGACUGAACCUUACCUCCGGUAGCUACUAUCAAAAUCAAAGUAGUAUUCUGUCCACCCCGACAUCCUCGUCCUCAUCGGUUCCCACAUCCACCACAACUUCCACCACCACAACCACAACCACCACCACAAUCCGCCCGCCAACGACGUACUCCGCGAACAAGCUCCCACCGCGCGCUUCCAGGGUCAAUAAUGCCAUAAAGACCACGAUAGCAGCCGCACAACUGCCACGCCGAUAUAGCAAACCGUCAGCAGCGGGAAAAAGUAUACAAUGUACAGAAAACUCACUGUCCGCCAAGUGCAACGAGAUUCCUUCGAGAGUUAGCAACAGCAACAGUAACAGUAACAACAACCGCAACCGUGGCAGUUCGCACUUCGCGACCGAUACCCAGUCGACCGUUUCCUCCAACCGAGGAACCCACCCACCACGUGCCCGUCCCACCCUGAAGCCGUCGCAGAACAUCGUCUCGAAGGCGCAGGAGUUCAUUGACAUCUACCGCUACCCACCGACCCGCCCGGAGCCCCUAUACCCACAGCCGACCCCGGACAAGACGGCCGCUAAGUGCCGUAAGGAUGUGUGUCUGCUGCCCGAUUGCUACUGCGGCGGCAAGGACGUCCCCGGGGAGCUCCCAGUCGAGCAGGUGCCUCAGAUCGUCCUACUGACGUUCGACGACUCGGUGAACGACCUUAACAAGCAGCUGUACCAGGACCUGUUCGAGCGUGGACGCGUCAACCCGAACGGAUGCCCCAUUACGGCGACGUUCUACGUAUCGCACGAGUGGACCGACUACAGCCAGGUGCAGAACCUGUACUCCGAUGGACACGAGAUGGCAUCGCAUACCGUUUCACAUAGCUUUGGCGAGGCGUUCUCACCGAAGAAGUGGGCCCGUGAGGUUGCCGGUCAGCGCGAGAUCCUGUCCGCGUACGGUGGCGUCAAGCUGGAGGAUGUCCGAGGUAUGCGCGCCCCGUUCCUGUCCAUCGGUGGCAACAAGAUGUUCAAGAUGCUGCACGAUUUCAACUUCACCUACGACUCGUCGAUGCCGGUGUACGAGAAUCGCCCACCGAGCUGGCCGUAUACGCUCGACUACAAGAUCUUCCACGAUUGUAUGAUUCCGCCGUGUCCAACCAAGAGCUAUCCAGGUGUUUGGGAAGUUCCUAUGGUGAUGUGGCAAGAUCUGAACGGUGGCCGCUGCUCGAUGGGUGACGCCUGCUCCAAUCCGCCGGAAGCCGACGGUGUGUACAAGAUGAUCAUGAAGAACUUCGAACGUCACUACACGACCAACCGUGCCCCGUUCGGACUGUACUACCAUGCCGCCUGGUUCACGCAGCCGCACCACAAGGAAGGUUUCAUACAAUUCCUGGACGCGAUCAACUCGAUGAAGGACGUGUUCAUCAUCACCAACUGGCAGGCGCUGCAGUGGGUCCGCGACCCGACGCCGCUCUCCCGCAUCAACUCCUUCACGCCGUUCCAGUGCAACUAUGCGGAUCGUCCUAAGCGCUGCAACAACCCGAAGGUUUGCAAUCUGUGGCACAAAUCGGGCGUGCGAUACAUGCGCACCUGCCAGCCUUGCCCCGAGAUCUACCCAUGGACCGGCAAGACGGGCAUCCGCUCGUCCCGCAUCGAUAACGACAUCGAGGUGGCCGACACCAACUAA